AUGACCCGGCAGGAAGCCAGUGUAGCUGUCGAUGACAGAAAUGACAUCUCCCAGGUGUGCAAAUGUACAAAUCAGGAUCUUUCUCAACCUGCCCCAGUCAGCUCGCUGUGCCUCGGAGGUUCCACCUUUGAAACUGUACGCGACUCACAGCCGCGGCCGAGUGGUCGUCGGGAGGCGGGGGCCGGGGGCGCCCGGGAGCUGGGAGGAGUCUGGCCUUGGAUGUGUGCUUUUCGAUUGAUGGAUGACUGCCGGGUGGGGGCGAGCUUGCGGCAGUCAGUUGGGAGCUGGAGGGAGGGAGAGAGGGAGAAGGAGCCAGAGAGAAACAGGAGAGGAGCCGAGCGCCCUCCGCCCGAGGCGCCCUUCCUGCGUCCGCACACAGGCGCCGUCGCUUGGAGGAGCAAGGUGCCUCCUAGCCCGCAAGGGCGCAGAGCACAGGCCUGCGGUCUCCUCGGUGGCUUUGCCCUGGGACUGCACCUGGAGGCGGCCCCGAACGGGGAUGGUAAGCGGCUGUAGCCGUCUGGCACGCAAGCGAGACGCGGCGAGGGCACCAUGGUGCUGAUGCCCUGGAAGGGGCCCUUGGCGUGGCUCGUCCGGCCCGAGCUCUGGCUGCUGCUGUGGGCAGCUGCGUGGCGCCUGGGUGCCACGGCGUGCCCCGCCCUCUGCACCUGCACUGGCACCACGGUGGACUGCCACGGCACGGGGCUUCAGGCCAUCCCUAAGAACAUCCCACGGAGCACCGAGCGCCUGGAACUCAAUGGCAACAAUAUCACUCGGAUCCAUAAGAAUGACUUUGCAGGGCUCAAGCAGCUGCGGGUGCUGCAGCUGAUGGAGAACCAGAUUGGAGUGGUGGAGCGGGGGGCUUUCGAUGACAUGAAGGAACUGGAGAGGCUGGACCUGAGUGAAAACACCAUCCAGGCCAUCCCCAGGAAAGCUUUCCGAGGGGCUACAGACCUCAAAAAUUUACAGCUGGACAAGAACCAGAUCAGCUGCAUUGAGGAAGGGGCUUUCCGGGCUCUGCGGGGGCUGGAGGUGCUGACCCUGAACAACAACAACAUCACCACCAUUCCUGUGUCCAGCUUCAACCACAUGCCCAAGCUCCGAACCUUCCGCCUGCACUCCAACCAUCUGUUCUGUGACUGCCACCUGGCCUGGCUCUCGCAGUGGCUGAGGCAGCGGCCAACCAUCGGGCUCUUCACCCAGUGCUCAGGCCCCGCCAGCCUGCGUGGCCUCAACGUGGCUGAGGUCCAGAAGAGUGAGUUCAGCUGCUCAGGCCAGGGAGAGGCGGGGCGUGUGCCCUCCUGCACCCUCUCCUCCGGCUCCUGCCCGGCCAUGUGCACCUGCAGCAACGGCAUCGUGGACUGUCGCGGCAAAGGCCUCACCGCCAUCCCCGCCAACCUGCCCGAGACCAUGACGGAGAUACGCCUGGAGCUCAAUGGGAUCAAGUCCAUCCCCCCGGGUGCCUUUUCUCCGUACCGAAAGCUGCGGAGGAUAGACCUCAGCAACAACCAGAUCGCGGAGAUAGCGCCUGAUGCCUUCCAGGGCCUCCGCUCCCUAAACUCACUGGUCCUCUAUGGGAACAAGAUCACAGACCUCCCCCGGGGUGUGUUUGGAGGCCUGUACACCCUACAGCUUCUGCUUCUGAACGCCAACAAGAUCAACUGCAUCCGGCCUGAUGCCUUCCAGGACCUGCAGAACCUGUCACUGCUCUCCCUGUAUGACAACAAGAUCCAGGGUCUGGCCAAGGGCACCUUCACCUCCCUGCGGGCCAUCCAGACCCUGCAUCUAGCCCAGAACCCUUUCAUCUGUGACUGUAACCUCAAGUGGCUGGCAGACUUCCUGCGCACCAACCCCAUUGAGACGAGCGGCGCCCGGUGCGCCACUCCCCGGCGCCUAGCCAACAAACGCAUCGGGCAGAUCAAGAGCAAGAAGUUCCGGUGCUCAGCUAAGGAGCAGUACUUCAUUCCAGGCACUGAGGACUACCAGCUGAACAGUGAGUGUAACAGCGACGUGGUCUGCCCCCACAAGUGCCGCUGCGAGGCCAGUGUGGUGGAUUGUGCCAGCCUGAAGCUCACGAAGAUCCCUGAGCGCAUCCCGCAGUCCACAGCUGAGUUACGUUUGAACAACAAUGAAAUUUCCAUCCUGGAGGCCACUGGGAUAUUUAAAAAACUUACACAUCUGAAGAAAAUCAACCUGAGCAACAACAAGUUGUCAGAAAUUGAAGACGGGGCCUUCGAGGGUGCUGCCUCUGUGAGUGAGCUGCACCUGACCGCCAACCAGCUGGAGUCCAUCCGGAGUGGCAUGUUUCGGGGUCUGGACAGCUUGAGGACCCUGAUGCUGAGGAACAACCGGAUCAGCUGCAUCCACAACGACAGCUUCACAGGUCUGCGCAACGUCCGGCUCCUCUCGCUGUAUGACAACCAGAUCACCACCAUCUCCCCCGGAGCCUUCGACACCCUCCAGUCCCUCUCCACGCUAAACCUUCUGGCCAACCCUUUCAACUGUAACUGCCGGCUGGCUUGGCUUGGUGACUGGCUGCGGAAGAGGAAGAUUGUGACCGGGAACCCACGAUGUCAGAACCCAGAUUUCUUGCGGCAGAUCCCCUUGCAGGAUGUGGCCUACCCGGACUUCAGGUGUGAGGAAGGGCAAGAGGAGGGGGGCUGCCUGCCCCGCCCGCAGUGCCCCCAGGAGUGCACCUGUCUGGACACUGUGGUCCGAUGCAGCAACAAGCACCUCCGGGCCCUGCCCAAGGGCAUCCCCAAGAAUGUCACAGAGCUCUAUUUGGACGGGAAUCAGUUUACACUGGUCCCAGGACAGCUGUCCACCUUCAAGUACCUACAGCUUGUGGAUCUCAGUAACAACAAGAUCAGCUCCUUAAGCAAUUCCUCCUUCACCAACAUGAGCCAGCUGACCACUCUGAUCCUCAGCUAUAACGCCCUCCGGUGCAUCCCUCCCCUGGCCUUCCAGGGGCUCCGCUCCCUGCGCCUGCUGUCCCUCCAUGGCAACGAUAUCUCCACCCUCCGUGAGGGGAUCUUCGCAGACGUGACCUCCCUGUCUCACCUGGCCAUUGGUGCCAACCCCCUGUACUGUGACUGCCACCUCCGCUGGCUGUCUGGCUGGGUGAAGACGGGCUAUAAGGAGCCGGGCAUUGCCCGCUGUGCUGGGCCCCCAGACAUGGAGGGCAAGCUGCUCCUCACCACACCGGCCAAGAAGUUUGAAUGCCAAGGUCCCCCCACUCUGGCUGUCCAGGCCAAGUGUGAUCCCUGCUUGUCCAGCCCAUGCCAGAACCAGGGCACCUGCCAUAAUGAUCCCCUUGAGGUGUACAGGUGUGCCUGCCCCAGCGGCUACAAGGGCCGCAACUGUGAGGUAUCCCUGGAUGGCUGUAUAAGCGGCCCCUGUGAAAAUGGUGGGACCUGCCUUGCACAGGAGGGUGACGAUGCUAGCUUCACGUGCUCCUGUCCCACUGGCUUUGAGGGACCGACCUGUGGGGUGAACACAGAUGACUGUGUGGAGCACGCGUGUGCCAACGGGGGCAGCUGUGUGGACGGCGUGGGCAACUACACCUGUCAGUGCCCCCUGCAGUAUGUGGGAAAGGCCUGUGAGCAGCUGGUGGACUUCUGCUCCCCGGAUUUGAACCCGUGUCAGCACGAUGCCCAAUGUGUAGGCACCCCAGAUGGCCCCAGGUGUGAGUGCAUGCCAGGUUACACAGGCCACAACUGUAGUGAGAACCAGGACGACUGUGGGAACCACCGCUGCCAGAACGGAGCCCAGUGCGUGGACGAAGUCAACAGUUACUCCUGCCUCUGUGCCGAGGGCUACAGCGGACAGCUCUGUGAGAUACCUCCCCGCCCACCUGCCCCCAGGAGCCCCUGUGAGGGGACUGAGUGCCAGAAUGGGGCCAACUGUGUGGACCAGGGCAGCCAGCCCGUGUGCCAGUGUCUCCCCGGCUUCGGUGGCCCCGAGUGUGAGAAGUUGCUCAGUGUCAACUUUGUGGACCGAGAUACUUACCUUCAGUUCACUGAUCUGCAGAAUUGGCCUCGGGCCAACAUCACGCUCCAGGUCUCCACGGCAGAGGACAAUGGGAUCCUACUGUACAACGGAGACAAUGACCACAUCGCGGUUGAGCUGUACCAGGGCCACGUGCGCGUCAGCUACGACCCAGGCAGCUACCCCAGCUCUGCCAUCUACAGUGCCGAGACAAUCAAUGACGGGCAGUUCCACACCGUUGAGCUGGUCACCUUUGACCAGAUGGUGAAUCUCUCCAUCGAUGGCGGCAGCCCCAUGACCAUGGACAACUUUGACAAACACUACACGCUAAACAGCGAGGCCCCCCUUUAUGUGGGAGGGAUGCCUGUGGAUGUGAACUCGGCUGCCUUCCGCCUGUGGCAGAUCCUCAAUGGCACCAGCUUCCAUGGUUGUAUACGGAACCUGUACAUCAACAACGAGCUACAGGACUUCACCAAGACGCAGAUGAAGCCGGGUGUGGUGCCCGGCUGCGAGCCCUGCCGCAAGCUGUACUGCCUGCAUGGCAUCUGCCAGCCCAAUGCCACUCCAGGGCCUGUGUGCCACUGUGAGGCCGGCUGGGGGGGCCUGCACUGCGACCAGCCAGCUGACGGUCCAUGCCAUGGCCACAAGUGUGUCCAUGGGAACUGCGUGCCCCUCGAUGCUCUGUCCUACAGCUGCCAGUGCCAGGAUGGGUACUCGGGGGCCCUGUGCAGCCAGGCUGGGGCUCCAGCAGACCCCUGUGGGGGGCUGCGGUGCCUGCAUGGCCACUGCCAGGCCUCGGCCACCAAGGGCUCACACUGUGUGUGUGACCCGGGCUUUUCAGGCGAGCUGUGCGAGCAAGGUCAGGGCCCCCACUCCUGA